ACGUUGGUGACGCAAAAACGGCGGUGGCGCCAACCCAUGAGGCCGCUGGCCACGGAAAGGAGACAUCACGGUGUGCUGCAUCAGCAGCAGGGGACGAUGUCGGGCUAAUCCCGCCCGCCUAGACAAUCACAAGGUACAAUGCCCCACCCGCCACGACGGCGGAGGAGAAUGCCCGAACAUCAGGAUCCGACGACUACACCGACAGCGGCUGCCAAAGAGGAGGCGAGAGAACCGGGGGCCCUGGCCCCGAGACAACUUCCAGGGAACGAGGAAAGCAAAAACGCCGGCGAAGCCGCCGGCGGUGCUGCUGCUGCUGCCUUCGCGGCACCAUCAUCAUCAUCAUCAUCAUCGUCGUCGCACCGCCCAGAGGAGGACCAUCAUCAUCGUUAUCACCAUGAUCAUGAGGAGGCUCUUGAGGGGGAAGAGGCGCGGGAUUUCGGCUACGGCAACUCUUUCGGCGCGUGCAUCCCUCUGCCUUCGGCGCCGGGGGGCGGGGUCGGCGAGAUGAUGGCGACCGGGAGAUUUCUGGCCGGUCAGCCGCGCAAGAGGUUCGGCGCUGGAGAGAGCAGUCCCGGGGGCGGAGGAAGCAACAGCUUUGCUGCUGCUGCUGCUGCUGCUGCUGCUGCUGCUGCUGCUGCUGCGGGCACACACGGCUCUCCGUUCGAAGGGCGACACCAACAACAACACGACGACGACGAUAUUAAGAUUUCGGACUCCCGCGCACGAAUAACAGCAGCAGAAGAAGAAGCCACGGCGGGCGCGGCGGCAGCGGCGCUGGCAGGGCCCCGCGCCGCGCCUCGAGAGCAGGUGUCCCUCCCGGACGAUAUCUACGGCGCGGCCCGGGUGUCCGAGUAUUGGCACGGCGUUCCCGCCCUCAGCAGCCUCGCCUCGACCUACGUCUACGACGACAUCUGGGCCGGCGACGGAGGCUUGAACUCGAGGGAAAACCUCAUGAGCAUGAUCGGGUGGACCGCGGAGGGAGGUGUUGGGACGUCCCACGACAGGGGGGGCGACGCAAUAGUCCAGGCACUGCGCGCGGUGGCUUGCACGGAACCUCCAGAUCAGUGGCCCGGGGGCAAUGAACGGAAGGGAAGGGAGGGAACGGAGGUGGUCCAAGGACGCCGCCGACGGGAAGAUGGCGCCAGCGGGAGAAAUAACGGCGGCGACGGCGGGGGCGCGAGGUUCGGCGGAGAGCAGCAGUGGGUGCGACGGGUUAACGAGAAGCCGACGGGCGGGGAAUGUCGGGGCGAGGAUGCUCAUGUCUGCAGCGACGAUCGUGUCUGCGGCAGGGGUCAAGACGGGCUCAAGUGGCGGAGAAAAAGCAGCGGUAGCGGGGGCGGCGGCGGCGGUGGCGGCGGCUGGGGUUACGGUAGCCGCGAAGGCACCACGAGCGGUGGUGAACGGAGCGACGGGUGCUCGGCGGACGAGGAGGUCCAUGCCCCGAAGAAACGCCGUACCCCUAGCCCCGACACAGCCCGGAAGUCGUCGCCGGCUGCAGAGGAUGCCGCCCACUCGGCGAUGGGGUCCAGCAGCGCCGGCGCUGCUGCCGCGCGGCCGGGCGCGGUGGACCAACCAACGACGGUGGAGGAGAAGACAGCCACAGAAGACCGAGCCCUUCGUGAGGCCGAGGUCAUCCGAUGGUGUCAGAGAGUUUCGAGCGCGCGAGCCAUGUCCGGCGAUGGCGGUGCCGCGCCGGGUGUGGGUGGCAUCAGCAGCAGCGCGGCGGGUCCAGACGAGAAGUUCUUCGCCGGGAGGGUGCUCGAGCCGGUCCCCUCACGGCACUGGCCCGGCACCGCGAGGACUAGAACCGGCGGUAGUAACGUCAGCGACGCGGUUUUUGGUCGGGGGGCGGCCGUAACAGCGGCGUCGUCGUUGCCCCCACCGCUCCAGCCACCAUAUCUGGGCCUCGGCGUGGGCAACCUCAGCAGUCGUGGGCGCGGGGACGACAAUCACCGCAGCGGCAGCGGCAGCAGCGGCGGCACGGACGCCACAAGAGACUCCGACCAGUGCCCGUCCAGCCGAGACGAGGAGGCGAUGGCGGGGGUAACAAGGGCGGCAUCGCCACCGACCGCGAAGUGUAAUAGUAGGAUCCCGCUGGCGUCAGGGUUCGCGGGUGCCGCUCUCGCUUCGGCUGCCGCCGCCGGUUCCGCCGCCGAAGCAACCACCGCAGCGGCGACGGCGGCGGCGGCCGCGGCCACGGCAACGGAGUCGAGACAGUCGCCCCCCUCUGCGCAAGAGCAGCAAGGGUUCCUCGACAGCCACACGCUGGAGCCGAAACCACGGAGGAGCUGGAUCCUGGCCGCCGGGGCAGAGGGGUCCGCACGGGGAGAAACGCAGGGGGCGGGGGCUAGCGGCACCGCCGUCCCCAAACCCGCGCACGGGAUACCGAUGCCACCAGAUUCGCAACGAAGUGAUCACGACGCCUCCGGCCCGGCGUGGAGUGGGAGUCAGAGGCGGGAGGGCCACAACCCGCUCUGUUGGAGCGAUACAGCGGGCCGCAAUCCCCCUGUUUUUGAGGAAGGAGCGGCGGGGGCGGCGGUCGCAGAUACUGAGUCCAGCGGAAGCGCAAACGACUGGCAGGUGCGGCCGGAGGCGAUGGUGGGCUUCUUCACGACGGUAGACCACAGCGCCUGCUCUCCCGCUGCGCUGCUCCACUCUCAACGACGGCCGUCGCCGCCGCGGUUACGGUCGCCGCCGGCCAUCGGCCCCGUCGCUCCCGCCGCUCCCACCGAGGUGGGCACCCAGCCGUCUCCCACCGCCGUUGGGGCAGCGGCGGCGGCGGGGCGAGUGGCCAAGCCCACGACCGACGCUGAGAGAAUGCAGCAGGUACUGGGGUACUCCCCUGUGUGGGGGAGCGGCGGCGGCGGCGGCGGGGCCGAUGGAACUCCUUCGGCGGCGGCAGCGGUGACGCGGGAAGCGACGGUGGCUGCCGUAAGCCGAACAAACGUCGGUUGCGUUAGAGAAAGCAGCAGCGUCUACAGCGGGCGGGAUGUUGGGUGGGCGGGGGCCGGUGCGGCUGAGGACGAGAGCGGUCCGAAAGAGGAGGGCGACAGCAGCUGGGGUUGGUGACAAAAGCUGAGCGUGUAAAUCAC